AAAAUUUGGUCUUUUUUCAUGUUAGGCUCAAAAGCGAGGCAUUUAUUUCAGAGUCCGAAAAAGUCAGAGCCUCCAGACGCCUCAGAGACCCCUCCCUUUCCCCGAUGAGAAAAUGAAAUCUUGUGAAACAGCAGCUCUAAGUACGACUACCACUACCGAUUUCCUCGCCUCUCUACUCCAGUCCUCGAAAACUAAAUCCGAGACUUGCGAUUCCCAGGAAUUCUCUCAUCAUUUGCUCAUGGACUUCGUCACCUGGGAAUUCAAUGCCUUCCUCUGGGUUUCCCUCAUCGCCGUCACCGCUCUUCUGCUCCGGAAAGUUGUUAAGGUCUUCCGGGCUUGGGCCCAGGCCAGGAAGAUCCCCGGGCCUCCGUGUCCCUCUUUCUACGGCCACUCCAAGCUCAUUUCCCGGGAAAAUCUCACUGAAGUUUUAUCAGUUUUGCACAAGAAGUAUGGAUCGAUUGUCAAGUUGUGGUUGGGUCCUACUCAGCUUUUGGUGUCAAUGAACGAUCCAGAACUUAUCAAAGAGAUGCUUUUAAAGGCUGAGGAUAAAUUACCUUUGACUGGGAGGGCAUUCCGUUUGGCCUUUGGGCCAUCGAGCCUCUUUGUUUCAUCCUUUGAGAAGGUGCAAAGGAGAAGGGAAUCAUUGGCAACAGAAUUGAAUGGGAGAUUGAUUGAGAGAGCUCCUGUGAUUCCUACAAAGGUUGUUGACUGUAUCAUGGAGAGAGUAAACAAGUUCAUGGCUGAAGGCAAUUUUGAUUGUAAAAUGGUUUCUCAACAUAUGGCUUUUACCUUAUUGGGGUCCACGCUCUUUGGAGAUACAUUCUUGGUUUGGUCCAAGGCAACUGCUUAUGAGGAGCUCCUCAUGAUGAUUGCUAAAGAUGCUUGUUUUUGGGCCUCAUAUAGUGUUACUCCUUACUGGAAACAGGGAUUUUGGAGAUACCAGCAUUUAUGCACAAAGUUGAAAUUCUUAACUCAAGAUAUUGUUCAACAGUGCCGAAAGAACUACAAAUUUUUUCUUCACAAGGAUGAAAACCUUCAUAAUGAAAAUGUAAAUAUGGGAAUGGAGUCUGCAUCUGGUGCACCAUCUUGUUCUGGUGUUGAGAUGCCAGAUAACUUAUUCUCACGUGAGUUGAAUGGUCAUCUUAGUGCAAGAGAAGAACCAUGUGGAAAUAUCAUGGGGGUGAUGUUCCAUGGAUGCCUAACUACCACGGGGUUGAUUGAUAAUUUAUUGGUGAGGCUUGUGACACAUCCUAAACUUCAGGAUAAGAUUUAUGCGGAGAUAAUUAUGACAAGGAAUGGGUCAAUGAAACAAGACCAACAAUGUGUUGAUAAGAUGCAUUUAUUAUUAGCAACUGUUUACGAGUCUGCUCGCCUUCUCCCAUCUGGGCCUUUGCUUCAGAGAUGUUCUUUGAAACAUGACAUCAGUCUCAAAACUGGGGUAACCAUUCCAGCUGGAGCAGUAAUGGUCGUGCCUGUACAGUUGGUACAGAUGGAUGAUUCCAGUUGGGGGCAAGAUGCCAGUGAAUUCAACCCAUAUCGGUUUUUGUCAAAGGCUGAAAAUCGAUCUGAUUUGGUGCUUGAUACAUCAUGCAGAGGGAAUGCUGAAAAAUGUGUACGUCCAGGAGACAGCUCCUUCUUCUUAAAUGAUCCAAACAAUAAUGUGGCGUUUCUUCCCUUUGGUUCUGGUACACGUGCUUGUGUGGGUCAGAAAUUUGUAAUUCAAGGAGUUGCGACAUUAUUUGCAUCAUUGCUGGAACAAUAUGAGAUAAGACUGGAGUCAGGAUCCAAGGGUGAAUCAGAACCGACAAUGAACGACACUAUUUUUCAGCUUCUCCCCAGUCCAGAUAUAGUUUUUGUAAGAAGGAACAGCUGAAAGCUGAAAGAAAAGGCACUGAAAGCUUGCUGAGUGUGAUUAUAGUGUUUCUACAUCAUCACUUGUUUCUUUUAAUUGCAAGUCAUGGGUGGAAAUGCAUCUCAAAGUCGAUGGGGGGAAGUGUAUUUCUUUCAGUUGCUCAUGUUUUUGCUCGUUGGCUGCAAAGUGGAGGAUGCUACAUGAGUUGCUUAUAGAAAACUCAAAAUAGGACUGUUUUUAAAAUAGCUGAACUGCUGUCUUAUUGCCAUGACAAUUUGGUUUUUCUGAAGCAUUCAGGGCAUAUUGUUGCAGCAGAGCCUCGUGCUCUCAGUUUUUUUGGCCCCCACCAUUGGAUUUAGACCUCGUUUCUCAUCUUUUUUUUCUUUUUUCUUUUUUUGUUCUCUCCUCGAGGAGUGAAUUAAUGCUAUAUAAUGUAAUACUGACUGAAUAUGUAUAAGGACGUAUUGCUUAGCAAAUAUAGCUUGUAUAAUAUUGUAUG